AUGGUGAUGCUGCUGCUGCUGCUGAUGAUGACAGGUUGUUUUAUUGUCCAGGGCCUCAUGAAGCACAACACAAAAGGCCGAAUCCAGAACAUCCACCUCCUGGACAGUCUGAAUGCCUCGGGCCAGAUGGCCACAGGGAUGGUGGGCUGGCUAACUGGCAGCAUGAACCUCCUGCAGCAUCAAGAAGGCAGAGAUUGCCCACCAAAGAUGAAACAUUUUCUCCGCAACUUCAGACACAAUCUGAAAAAAGUUAUCCCACACCAGGUAGAAAGUCACGUGUGUCCUCUGACCGGUGAAGUCCUCAGGCAGCUGGAUGUGAAACUGUUGAAAAGCCUCAGGGGUGACUCUGUGUCCAUCCAGGGAGGCGGACUCAGGAGUGGCAAAUGGCUUGAAGAGGUGCCCCAUGGAGCUCCCAGCGAGGCCUGCUCAGGGGGGCCUGCAUGUGCUCUGAGAUCACUUAGAGGUGACCACAUGAUGAUGACCAUUACUGUCCUGUGA